CUUUGUCAUGGUAGGGAGAACACGUCAAUGUAAGGGUGGGGUCAUCUAAGAUAGCACAAGGGUUAAUCUGCAGGUGGAUGCAUCAGAAUCGAGUGAAGGAGUUUACCUACAAGCUUUCUCAACUAUUUUUUUCGUCUGCUUCUAAUUCACCAGGAGGAUUAAAAAAAAACAAACAAAGCUUUGUUCGCUGAAAGCUUUCUAGUUUUCGUCGGUUCUUUAUCACAUGAUUACAUGAACUUGUAAAAAUGCAGACAGUCAUCUGCCAGAAAAAAAUUAACGGUCUUUUGGGUUUUGAGUUAUCAGAAGACAGCCUCAAGGGAGGGAGGGGGUGUGGGGUGGGGAAUACCAUUCCGGCGAUGCGUGAACGUCGACCAUGAUGGAGCCUUUUGGAGCUACAGCAACGAACCGAAGACCAAAAGAAACAAAAACAUGGCUGUGCUCUUCUGCGGGACUGUUCUCCGUCACUUUGAAGAUGUUCUUGUUGACUGCAUCUCAUCUAGAGACGAAACACGUUGAAGCUGUCCAGGCUGGAGAUGUGGUUGUGAUGCUUGGAUCCUCCGCCAUCUUGCCCUGCCACAUAAUCACAAAUGAUCGUCUUUCCCAGAUCACAUGGCAGAAAACGAUCAAAGGAAAAGCACCAAAUGAUGUUUUCUUGACAAUUCAGCCCACAACCGGAGUGAAGUAUAGUAAUGGACAGGAUUUAAGAUUUGAAUUUAUUGGAAAUGUCAAUGACAAAAAUGGAACCCUGAAGUUUUCUAAUGUGACACUGAAGGAUGAAGGAAGCUACACAUGCAUCUUCAGCUUGUUCCCCAGUGGAACACAAAGCAGAAUUUCACAACUUGUAAUACUUGUGCCCCCAAUCACAAAUCUGAUGGAUCAUACACCCUUAGAGGGAAAUGAGGAGGUUCCACUUGCAACCUGCACAGCUGCUGCUUCCAAGCCGAAGGCAGAGGUGAGAUGGAUCAAAGGUUCUUUGGAAGGAAAAGUUCGAGAAGAACUUAAUGAAACUCAGCAUGCUAAUGGUACGACCACCACAUGGAGUACUCUGCUUGGAAAACCUGGGAGAGAGAUGAAUGGUCAGUUGGUGAAGUGUGUCAUCUCAAGUGAGGCAACUAAAGAAGAAAUCUUGGAAACCAACAUCCAGGUCCACUACUUGCCUGCUAAGGUCAACAUAAUUGAACGAUCUCAAGUCUCAUUUGAGUGUGAAACGGAAGCAAACCCAAACGCCACUGUUAUCUGGAGCAGGUCUGGCCAGCCUCUGCCUCCAUCAGUUAAAGUUGUGGGUACAACGCUGCAGUUUUCAAGCCAGAGCAAUGACUUGUCCGGCCUUUAUCAGUGUGAGACCAGAAAUCCAUACGGAAGCAAACAGGCAUACCUCUUUGUGCAUUUCUCUUCAGGAAAAUGCACAGGUCCCAUCAUCAUUGCUGUCUUCAGCACUCUCCUGAUUCUCCUGAUUCUCGCGAUUAUAGGGGUGUAUUGUCAUAGAACUGGAAAACUUCAAAGGUUUUACGAUCUUUGCGGUGAGAUGAGGCAAGUUUGGAGAAGAGAACAUCCAGAAGCAGAUGUUGAGGAAAGACCGGAAGCAAAACCCUUGCGAACCAGGUCGUCAUCUGGACAGCAGGAAGAAGAGGUCUUUCCAGGAGAGCUUCCUCUUCUCCACUCCCUUCCACACCAUCUACUGACCUUGUUUUGCCUGUGCCACGGCUUGAGCGCACCUUCCUGCCUCUUCUUCCCGGCGUAUCUCUUGGACCACCCGUCUGUGCCUCUCAGCUGGGUUGGGCUUUCUCCAGGAAGGUGUGCUAGCCGGCAGCCCUAACCGGCAGUGAGCGGCACCCUCCCCCUUAACAGCAUCCACCACAGAGGACAAGGUCUCCUGUUGUCGCGAUACAUACUCAUCUGCAGAUGAAAAGGUCUCAUGUUCACCAAUAUUCAACAUUAUGUCUACUGGCAACACAAUGUCCUGACUCCUGCCCAAACAUAACUCUGUAUGACAUGAAGGAGAUGCUAGCAUGAACACCGCUGCGAUACGCAAGCAUCACUUAGGGUAAAAGUGUGUCCCAGUUCAGCUGAUUGUCUUCCACAAAAAUCAUUGACAGUAACAUACAAUUAAACCGCUCAACCAACUGAGGGGGGUAAGGCGAAGUCCUAGAUUUACGAAUGUUCAAAAGAUUGCAUAGUUCUUUAAAGAGCGUAGACUCAAAAUUACAACCUUGAUCAGAAGGAAUACUGCAAGGAGCCCCAAAGUGGCAAACACAGUCUUCUGUCAACACCUUCACUUUCGACAGAGCUUCCUUGUUUGGUAGUGGGAAGGCUUCUGUCCAUUUGGAAAAAUAAUCACUGAUCAUGAACCCGCUCAAACGGUCUAGAUGGAACAAGAGUUUGCAUAGUUGCACAAGGCUGUUUCCCAUGUGCUUUGCGGGAAGCACAAUCAAAACCUUCUCUCACCCAAGUCUUCACAUCAUGGAACUAGCCAGGCCAAUAGAAUCUAUCCUUCACUUUGGCUUGCAAUUUCUGAACUCCCAAAUAACCUCCAGUGGAAACAUUAUGAAGCUGUCUAAGAACCUGAGGCACCAUGGACUUGGGCAGAACAGCCUAACACAAGCAGGAGCAUCAGAAUUAUCAGGGGGUAUUCUCACCAACCUAGACUUCUGCUCUUGCAGUUGGUGCCACAAGGGGGUAUACUUCUGCAACUCUGGAGAAUCCGACAACAAUCAUGCAACAAGUUCAUGCAACGUCCUCUCAAUAUCAGCAAAACCUCGAUCAAACUGCCUAUAGUAUGAUGCCAAACCUAGAAAACUCUGCACUUCCGCCACAUUACUGGGCACCGGCCAACACCAAACCGACUCCACCUUAGAGCGAUCAGGCAUCACUCCGUUAGAGGAUAUGGCAUGGCUCAGAUAUUGCACUUGAGUAGAAAACAGGUCACACUUAGAAGGUUUAACUUUGAGGUUAGCCUGCUUCAGUUUAUCCAAGACUCCCUCAAGGUGGGCCAAGCGUUCCUGGAAAGACCACCCAAACACUAUGAUGUCAUCCAGAUAAACCAAGCAUGUUGUCCACUGCAAGUCAGCUAGCAUUAAAUCCAUUUAUCUUUGAAAUGCACUAGGUGUGUUACACAACCCCAAACUAAGCACGUUAAAUUAGAACAACCCUGGUCGGGUAGCAAAUGCAGUUUUAUGACAAUGGUCAAGGUGUACUUCCACCUCUGUGAGUUUUUAAAACUUGGAAUUUGCAGCACGAACUGUUUUUUUUUCCCGUCGACCUUUUGCCUGAAAACCAAAAACAUAAGUUGUGCCGUGAAGAUUCUUCAAACUAGCACGUUAAUCCUAAACCAAAAAGGAUGAAGAAAUCAAAAGAAAACCUCGGCUCACAUUAUCAAAGCAGAUACUGAAGAAAUUACCUUGCAUGGGUUUUGCUUUCAUAGAUGGCAGCACUAGUUAUUCAAUAUGGCAGUUUAAUGUUUAAUUCAAGAAGGGCCCAAGUCCAGAGACUUUAGUUUGCUAGUCCUCUGAAAUCAUAAAAAUGAGGUGCUUCAUAUUAUAGCAUUUGUAAGCUAUGAACUGGUGCUAAAUCCGGGUAAAGUAUUAAUCAUCAAAGGGACGCUACACUCUCUUUAAGCUAUGCAAAUAAAAUCAUUUCCUGGAUAAACAAACUUCUUGGACAUGAGCCCUUAUUGAAUUCACCGAUUCAAUUUGAAAAAGUUGUUUGAUUUUUUUCAGGAGGUAAUGAACUUUAAAAAACUAAAUGAGAAAAAGCAAUGUAAAGAGCUGGAGAAGAAUGUUGGAGAGAUGGAAACCUAAACGAAUGAUGAAGACCGCUACAGCAGGAGAGUGACUCUACGCCUGUCCCGUGUCCCUGAAAAGCAUUCAGAGGACGUCAAAUUAAGGGUCCAAGAAAUCGUUAGAGAGAUGUUACCAACUAAAGAUUCUGCAGUCUCAGCAAUCGACAACGCACACCAAGUUGAAAAGCCCAAUGGGAAUGGAAACCAAUCAAUGUCCCCGGCCCCUAAUCAUCAGGUUCCUGUCCAGAUCGGCCAGAGAUCUCCUUUGGAAAAGAUCUAAUAAUUACUUCCAACUGGAUCAUCAUCUCCAUCUGCAGGAAGAUCUCAUGAAAAAGAACCUCGCAGCCGCCUAUGGCCAGCAGUGGAGGCAACCAGGAACAAAGGAGAAAAAGCCUACUUCAUUGGAAACAGGGCUUUUGUGAACAGCAAGAAAAUAUUACUGAGUUAAGCUGAACUAUGUUUGUAAAGGUCAGUAUGACCGCAUGAAACAGACUCAAAAUACUGAAUAUGUACAGCGGUUCCUGGACAAAACCAGGAAGUUCCUAAGUUUAUUUUCUCAUUUUUCUUGUUCUAUAUAGUUCAUGUCAUUCUCUGUUCUACCUGUGAAUGCCAAAGAGACCAGCUGAAAAGAAAAUGUUUUUUUAUAUUGCCCAAAUAAAAAUUCAGACUUUUCUUUCAUUCAAGAGACACACUCUUCUGAAGCAGAUAGAGAGUUUUGGAGAUGGGUAAAAAUAAAUGGUUUUCUUAUGGUAGCAACAGGUCAGCAGGGGUAAUUAUUUUACAGGGCAGAUUUAAAGGCCGCACUCUUGAGUAUUUAAUUGGCAAAAAUGGGAGAUGGAUUAUAUUCGUAGUGAAUUUUGACCUAUUUUAUUUUAAUUAAUACAUAUGCCUCCAAUAAUCAAACAAACAACAGUACAAUUUAUUUAAUGCUGGAA